AUGGUGCUACAACAUCAACUACUACUACUACUACUAGAGCGAUGGGUGCAGCGCGCGCUGGCACUCGCAUGGUGCGUCGCCGUCCUUCAACUCGCCACGCCCGUAGCCCUGGUCAACGCCCAGCUGCUUGAGGAAUCGCAAGUGCAAUUCCUGCAGGACUGCCAGACGGCAUGGGGCCAGACGCUGCCUGGUUGGGGGGACCCCAAUCCGGACUGCAGCAGUGCACAGGGCAUCACAUGCGACAGCAACGGCAUGGUCUUGGUGAUGCAUUUACCUGAGCUCAAUCUAAGCGGGUCUAUUCCAGAUUCCAUCAGCAGCCUCCGCGAGCUCUCUCUUCUGUACGCUCUCAAAGGCCCAAAUGCACUGGUUCCAGAGGAAGCAGCAACCAGAAAUCGGCUGCAGCAGAUGCGUGAAGAGAGGGAGGAGGAGGGGAAGGGCGUUGGGUGGGUUGGGUUGGGAGAGCAAAAGGCAGAGGGUAGGGCCGUGUACGAGGGCGCACACGGCUUAGUUGUUGGGUAUAGGUCUUAG